CCUUUUUUUUUUUUUUCUUUUUAAAUUAUUAUUUUAUUAUUGUUUUGUAUGACUUUUCUUAAUAAACUCAUGGACAAAAAGAACAAAUCGUCCGGUACGUCCUCUAACUCAUCUUCAUCUUCUUCAUUUCCUUCACUAUCGUCAUUAUUGCAAAAGUCUUCUCAUCAUGGCAGCAACCAUAGCAACACAACAACGGGUGGGUGUACUCCUAUGAAUGUCGACUCUCCAGAUUUUGCUCAACAAGUUUCUGUAUCUGAUGUUCAAGUUAAUUCAAAUCAAUCAUCAUCUACCCAAAAUAGCAAAUGUUCGACUGCAACGCUCAUCAAUGAACAACAACAACAAGAACCUUCUAUUGUGACUGAUCAACCAUCCAACAACGCGAAUCGUAACCACGGAAAGUCAGUAAGACCACAUCACGCCAUCGGUAACCAUAUAACGAUGAACAACAAUAUCAAUAGUAACUACACCUCAGUAUAUAACGAUCAGGUGAUCCUUCAACAUCGACAAAAUCGACCUCAAUUGAAAUUAGCGGAUUUCCAUAUCAUGCGAACUUUAGGAACUGGAUCGUUCGGUCGUGUGCAUCUUAUUCAAUCACGUGUCAAUGCUCGUCAUUAUGCAAUGAAGGUACUCAAGAAAACUGAAGUCGUGCGACUCAAACAGGUGGAACAUACCAACGAUGAAAAACAUAUCCUGGAAUCCGUUGCUCAUCCUUUCCUAGUGAAUAUGUGGGGUACCUUUCAAGAUGAUACUAAUCUUUAUAUGGUCAUGGAUUAUGUCGCUGGUGGUGAAUUGUUUUCAAUUUUACGUCGAUCUCAUAGAUUCCCUGAUCAUGUUGCCAAGUUUUAUGCUGGUGAAGUACUACUGGCUUUGGAAUAUUUACAUUCAAAAGAUAUCAUCUACAGAGAUUUGAAACCCGAAAAUCUACUAUUGGAUAAUCAAGGACAUAUUAAGAUUACUGAUUUUGGAUUUGCAAAAUAUGUACCAGAUAUUACAUGGACAUUAUGCGGUACACCCGAUUAUCUGGCUCCCGAGGUCAUUCAAUCAAAAGGUUAUGGCAAGGCUGUAGAUUGGUGGAGUCUUGGUGUUUUGAUUUAUGAAAUGUUGGCAGGACAACCUCCAUUCUAUGAUGAUGAUCAUUUGAAAUUAUAUGAAAAGAUCUUGGCUGGCAAGGUACGAUGGCCAACGUUUUUCGAUCAAGCGGCGGUGUCUCUCUUACGCAAACUCCUGACUUCUGAUUUAUCGAAACGAUACGGGAACUUGAAGGCCGGUAGCGAUGAUAUCAAACGACAUGCAUGGUUUGAAGGAGUGGAUUUCAAUUUGAUGUUAGCACGACAAAUCAGAGCACCUUAUAUCCCAACGAUCCGCGGUGAUGGUGAUGCAAGCCACUUUGACAAAUAUCCUGAAACAAAUGAACAGUACGGCUCCGUAGGUUUGUCCGAUCCUUAUAGGCAUUUAUUUGUAUCCUUUUAGUUUAUAUUUAUUUAUCUAUUGAUUGUCUCCAUUAUCCAAAAUCUCUCUGCUUUUUUUGAAUUAUAAUAAAAAAAAAGAUAUAAAAGCAAAGCAG